CUUCCCGAGUGCUGGGAUUAAAGGUGUGGGCCACCACUGCCAGCUCCUGAGUUGGUUAUUUUUAAUGACCUAUUUUAUUUCCUCCUUCCUGGAGUUUGAAUACAAGACCCCGCCACAUGCAGGGCUGAGUCCCACUUUAGACAAGUGAUGCCCCCUUCAGUUUGCAAAGUGGACUCCUGGUCUGAGGCAGUGGUAGACAGUAAUGAAGAAGCAGAAACUGCUCUGAGCUUGUGAUGGGCCCCCUGGCUGGCCUUUGACCUUGCCAGGCCCCAGAACAGGGUCUUAUUUUUAGUCUAGGAGAGGAGACAGGUGUCCCAGCUGAGUCACAACGAGCUUCAUUUCAGGCUUCAGCUACUCCAGGCAUCCUGUCACUUGGCAGCUGGAUCCCAAGGCACCCAUGGCCCUGAAGGGAGGGCUGAGGUCCUUGGUGCCCAAGCAGGCAAUGACCUUCUGGCUUAGUGGACCGGGCCCUGGGAAUUUGUUUCCUUUCCCAGGUUCCUGACCGCACCCCCACCCCGUCCAGCUUUUCUUACCUGUGCCAUUGUAUGGAAAACACAAAAGCCCUUGGCUACUGGCCUUUCUCUUACCGUCUUCCCAUUCCCAACGUUGGUCCAAGUCCAAAGGGCCUGGCCCGCCUCUCCUGACUCAGUGGGCUAUUUAGGGUUACUUCACUCACCACUGGACCAUGGGGCCUUUAUCCUUGACUUGUACAUGCACUCAGCCUGGCCUCUGAUGGGGUUGCCCAGCCUCUGGAAGUUUUCCUGUCAAGAUUUGGAGGGGGGGAGCAGUAACUGGAUCCCUGAAUUUGCUGAGGGUCUGUCAAAGGCCUGACAGGCCCCACCCAGGCAGGCUUCCUGGAAACUGGCAUUGCAAAUCUUUCUGAUGGGUCUGGGUUCCUCCUGACAGGCCACCACAGGGUGGCUGUUGUGAGUGGGUCCAGAUUAGAAGUCUGAGAACCUGACCGGGAGGCAUGGGGGAAAUAAAAGCGCUCAGGCUUUGAGGGUGGAAGAGCCUGAGGCUGUGCUGUGAGGUCCAGACUGCAGUACUUGUUUGUUUGGCAGCUUGUAUCUGUGUAGAGUAAGGGUAGUGAUGGUGAGCCCUGUUUCUUGAGGUCCUUGGCAGAUGUCAGAGUUACCUUGGAGGGUGAAGCCAGGAAAGAGGCUUGGAGCCUUCCUAUGUGAGCCCCCUUCCAGAGGUGGGAAGCUUGCGGGUUUCAGGUAGGGGCCUGGCACUUCCCAUACUUCCUUCUAAGAGACCCUUUGAGCAGGCCCUUUUUCACGAGUCCUCAGGAAACUGCCCUCUUGAUGAUGGCUAAGCACCUGCGCUUGUCAGCCCUGCCAGGCUGGCUGCCCUCUCCCUCAGCCGCACACCCCUCCCUGCCUCUCUUGCAGGCAACCAUGGCCGAGUUCUCCCAGAAGCAGAGGAAGCAGCAUGGCGGAGAGGGCCUGGGCAGCGUGGUGGACUUCCUCCUGGCUAAUGCCCGUUUGGUGCUAGGUGUGAGCGGGGCUGCAGUGCUGGGCAUUGCCACCCUGGCUGUAAAGCGGCUCCUCGACAGGGCCACUAGCCCUCGGGAUGAGGAUGACAGCAAGGGGGACGGCUGGAAGGAGCUGAGCCUGCUGAGAGCCACAUCACACCGACAGCCCCAACCCCCCCCUGCCGCCCUCAGCCAGCCCAUACCUCUUGUGUCCCCCCCACCCUCUGCCCCAGUGGAGCCCACUCAUUCUCAGAAGACACCGACACCUCAGCUCAGCUCCCCAGCGCCCCUCCGCCUGACGUUCCAGGAGAAGCUGCUGGCAUUUGAACGUAACUGCGUGGUUAUCCCAGAAGCCCACGUGACUUUGGUGAAACAGCUGGCUGGAGACAUUGCCUUGGAGCUGCAGGCCUACUUGAGGAGCAAGUUCCCCGAACUACCCUUUGGUGCGCUUGUACCAGGUGGGCCUCUCUACGAGGGGCUACAGGCAGGGGCUGCCGAGCACGUGCGCCUGCUGGCACCUCUGGAGUUAGAACCAGGUCUGUGGAGCCUGGUCCCUGGUAUGGACACUGUGGCCAGGGAACCUCGAUGCUGGGCUGUGCGCAGGACCCAGCUGGAGUUCCAUCCCCGAGGGCGCAGCCCAUGGGACCGCUUCCUGGUGGGGGGUUAUCUUUCCUCCCGUGUCUUGUUGGAGCUGCUCCGGAAGGCCCUGGCAGCCUCUGUCAACUGGCCAGCCAUUGGCAGCCUGCUGGGAUGUCUGAUCCGGCCCAGUGUGGCUUCGGAAGAACUGCUGCUGGAGAUCCAGCAUGAGUGCCUGGAGUUCACGUUAGCUGUGCUCUUGGUGGUCCCUGGGGCCAGCACUGAUGAUCGUCUCCUGCUGGCUUGGCCCCUGGAGGGGCUGGCCGCCAAUCUCUGGCUGCAGGAUCUAUAUCCAGUAGAGGCUGCCUGUUUGCGGGCCCUGGAUGACCGGGAUGCUGGCACUCGGCGGAGGCUGUUGCUGCUGCUGCGUGGUGUGUUUCGUGGCCAUCCUGCUCUGGUGCGGCUGGGCUGGAGUCACCUGACCCAGGUGGUUCUGCAUCUGGGGAAAGAGGAAGUGGUCUGGACCGAGGAGGCCUUGGGGGAUCGCUUUCUGCAAGCCCUGGAGUUUCUGGUGGGCAGCUUGGAGCAGGCCAGCCUGCCCUGUCACUUCAACACUAAUGUGAACCUCUUGGGAAGUUUUCGGGAGGAGGAGAUUGAUGACAUUGGCUACAUACUGUACAGUGGUCUCCAGGUCCCUGAGAGCCUACUGUAGGUGGAUGACAACUGGGAUUGGCUUGUUUUCUGAUGCUGAAGAGCAGCAGCCACCUCCCUCCCAGGACACUGUAGAGUGGGGUUUGCUUUAUUUUAGCCAGAGUGGAGGGGAGGAUCUAGUGCCUAGGCCCAUGGGUGGGCAUGUGCCUGGGUGGUGGGGACCAGGAUUCCCAAAUCCAGAGAGUCAGGGUUGCUGUCACCUAACGUGGCUAGCCUGGCCUGGCUUUCGGUACCAGCCACACCGAUGCCCCCUGGCCCUCCAGGGUUCACUUAGGAUCUUGGGCUCCGUGUAUCAUCACCAGCAAUGAACUCACCUAGAGUGAGAUGUGGCUUUUGAUUUCCUAGGCUUCACCUAGGCAAAGGCUGAUUCCAACUUUUUGCCAAGAAGGAAACCUAAUGUUCUUGGUUGGGUAACAGCUCCAGUAUCCUGGAGGCACACACAGCUGGUCAUUGAGUCUCUGGGGCUGGAAUCACCUGGUACCCUGGAAGAUAGCUUCUUAGCUGUUGAAAGAUGUUUUCCUGAUGGUCAUGCAUUUGUUUUUCUGGUUGAGUCCUCAGGCCUUGAAGUGGAAGUUGUCUCCCUUGCUGCCUGCCUGCCUGCCUUAUACCCCAGGGAAGGAAGGUCUUGUUUUCCUCCUGCUUGGUGGGUUUUCUCUGUAGGUCACAAAUUACCUCUGGGAGAACCCUUCCUCAUUGGGGAGCUGAGAUCUAUGCUGCCCACACAAGGCUGUCCCAUAGUGGCUGCUCCUGGACCUCACUGCAGGGUAGAGGACAUGCCCCUCCCAGAGGCCUGUGUGCAGUCCUGGCCUCUGCAGUGUGCCAAAAUAUUUGAUAAAUGUCUGUGUCCUGACCUGGCACCCUGGUUAAGGUGGCAUGGCUGGAGGAGGGAGAUGACUUUCCCUGCCAGGAGGCCUUUCUAUUUUAAGUACCACUCCCCCUACACACACACACACACAGAGAAACAAAGCUAUGCCUUGACGAGUGUGAAUAAAAGGAAAAUUUUAUGCAUGUGUGAUUCUUGCUGGCAGAAAAUGGUCUUCAUAUCUUUGUAGGUGGCUGCUUGGAGCUUCACAAGUCUUGUAGCUGCCUUGAUGUGGAGGCUUGAGGUCAUCAUGGAGAUGACCAGAUUUCUUUUUAGUAGUCUUUUCAGGAGCCAGGCG